AUGUCGUCUCUUCCUCGACUUGCUUCUCGAAUCCGAUCUCCCAUAUCAACUUCACCUUUAAUACGACCUGUUGUCCUCGCGCGAAAACCGAUCUUAUCCCCUUCGACCCCUGCCAUAGCGACAUCGCCUCUGGGUAAAACGCGAUCUUCCACCACUGUAGCGUCCAAAAGAUCUUUCUCGAGCACUUCCAGAGUGAAAGAUGAGGAGAAACCCAAAGAAGAAUGGCCGGAAAGAGUUUUACCUGUGUUGAAAGACAGUGAUCUGAAAAGACUGAAAAGGCAACGAAAUGUCGGAAUAUCUGCUCAUAUCGAUUCAGGCAAAACAACUUUGACUGAAAGAAUCUUGUAUUAUACAGGACGAAUACGAGAUAUUCAUGAAGUAAGAGGUAGAGAUGCAGUCGGAGCUAAGAUGGAUUCGAUGGAAUUAGAGCGUGAAAAGGGAAUAACAAUUCAAUCAGCUGCAACGUUCGCAGAUUGGGUUUCACCACCUCCACCUACAGAAUUAGCUGAAGGUUCAACUUUAUUCGGUACAGCUACGACAUCCAAUGAAGGUAAAGAGAAAUAUUCGAUAAAUAUCAUUGAUACACCAGGACAUGUAGAUUUCACGAUUGAAGUGGAACGAGCUCUUAGAGUUUUAGAUGGUGCUGUAUUGGUUUUAUGCGCUGUAUCAGGUGUACAAAGUCAAACUAUAACAGUAGACAGGCAAAUGAGAAGAUAUAAUGUACCUAGAUUGGCUUUCAUCAAUAAAAUGGAUCGAGCCGGAUCGAACCCUUUCCGAGUCAUUCAACAACUUCGAUUGAAACUGAAGAUGAACGCUGCUGCCCUGCAGGUACCUAUCGGUGCCGAAGGAGAUUUCUCUGGUGUAGUCGAUUUAGUCAGGAUGAAGGCGUUGUACAAUGAAGGUGUCAAGGGAAACCAAGUCGUUGAGACUGAUGAGAUACCAGAAUCAGUUCGAGCUUUAGCAGAAGAGAAACGAGCUGAGCUCAUCGAACAACUCUCAGAAGCCGAUGAGACGUUAUGUGAUCUGUUCCUGGACGAAUCACCAAUCAAUGAACUCGAUAUCGCACAAGCACUUCGAAGAGCUACUGUUUCGUUAAGAUUUACUCCCGUGUUUAUGGGUUCCGCAAUCAAAAACACUGGUGUUCAAGCUUUGUUAGAUGGUGUAUGUCAAUACCUACCCGAUCCAAACGAAGUCCACAAUCAAGCUCUUGAUGCUGCUUUACCAUCUCAUGCACCCCCCGUGCCAUUGGUCCCUGCUGCGGAAGCACCUUUGGUCGGAUUGGCAUUCAAGUUGGAAGAAGGAAGAUAUGGUCAAUUGACUUAUAUGAGAGUAUAUCAAGGUGAACUCAAAAGAGGAAGUGUAAUAUACAAUGCUAGAACAGGUAAGAAAGUCAAAGUGCCAAGAUUGGUGAGAAUGCAUUCGGAUGAAAUGGAGGAUGUAGAAGCUAUUGGUGCUGGUGAAAUUUGCGCGAUGUUCGGAGUAGAAUGUUCUUCAGGAGAUACAUUCACAGACGGAUCAACUACUUUCUCAAUGACAUCCAUGUUCGUCCCUGAACCUGUUAUUUCGCUGUCUAUUAGACCGGAAGGAAACGAAACUCCCAACUUCUCUAGAGCAUUGAAUAGGUUCCAGAAAGAGGACCCUACAUUCAGAGUGCACGUGGAUUCCGAGUCGCAAGAGACAAUCAUUUCAGGGAUGGGCGAAUUGCAUCUUGAUAUCUACGUUGAGAGGAUGAAGAGAGAAUAUAACGUUGCUUGCGUUACCGGUAAACCAAGAGUAGCAUUCAGAGAGACGAUAACGGAAGAAAGUAAAUUCAACUAUACGCAUAAGAAACAAUCAGGUGGUUCGGGUCAAUUCGGUAGAGUCAUUGGAAGAUUGGAACCCAUGGAAAUGGACGCAGAUACGAACAAGGAUACUGCAUUCGAAAAUAGAAUUAUCGGUGGUAAUAUUCCUAAUCAGUUCAUACCUGCAAUCGAGAAAGGUUUCCAAGAAGCCCUUGAUCGAGGUUUAUUAACUGGACAUCCUAUCUCUGGUUGUCGUUUCGUGUUAGAAGAUGGAUCAGCUCAUUCUGUCGAUUCCAACGAAUUGGCAUUCAGAUUAGCUGCUAUUGGAGCUUUCAGAGAAUCUUUCCAAAAAUCUAAACCUGUAAUCUUGGAACCUGUAAUGACGGUAGAAGUCGUUGCUCCUAUCGAAUUCCAAGGAAACGUUAUUGGUGCUCUAAAUCAAAGGAAAGGUACAAUCGUCGAUACAGAAAUAAGAGAUGAUGAGUUCACUCUUACUGCUGAAGUAGCCUUGAAUGAUAUGUUUGGUUACUCAAGUCAAUUGAGAGGUAUGACACAAGGUAAAGGUGAAUUCUCGAUGGAAUAUAAGAAUCAUCAACCUGUUAUGCCUAACGUACAGCGAGAUAUGAUGGAAGCCUUCAGGAAAAAGCAAUUGAGCAAGUAG